AGUGCCCUGAAAGCAAUUGUAUCCCAAUCCUCGAACCCGUUCCCGCCCAGUAAGUGUUGCAUAAAAGGUCAAGACAAAGCCUAAGGCUAAGUCGCAAACCGCCAGUAGCAGUACUCUACAAAAUAAACAUAAAGUAUUCUCAAUAUCAAAAGCGGUUUGAAAGAACUGUAUACUUUUCUGUUAUUACCCCACUCGCAAACGGUUCUACUCUUUCUCCUUCGUGGUCUAGUAGUACGCACAGUUUGUACUUACUUUCGAGAAGUUGUUCCUUGUCCGUGUCGCAGCAGCAGUAGCUAGAAGUAAAGGUUGUUUUCAUCACUGCUUUCACUGUGACAAAACAUGUCGUCGGCUAUUUCUACGGAUAGCAAGAACUACGGCACGUUUGAAGUAGCCAAAGGCGAGAGCUGCAUCGAAGAACAGCAUGGCAAAGGCUCCAAGAAGAAAAAGUCAAAGGUGAACAAGGCUACUCGAGCCCCGGUGAAGGUGACUCGAACCGCCGCUCCUGGUUCUGGGCAGUACGACCCUGCCUACUACGAUCCGACCGCCGAGGGCGAGAUUCGUCUCGAGGAAUAUGAGAGUGCACAACUACGUACCCCACGCCCCGCCCGAGGCUCCAAUCCCCUAUUGAAGAAAUUCGUAAAACUACAGUAACAAAAACAGGAACAGCAGCGAACUAGUACAACAUGAAGCCUGUGCAUGACAAGUCUUAUGUCGAAAGGACCUUGCGUUGUUGUAUGAAUCAGAAUACAGUGGUGGCAGCACAACCACUGUGAAAAUGGGCAGUAUCGCCAUCAGUUUAGGAGAUGUGCUAGAUGGUGCAUUUUGCAUGACAAAUCUUCAAGGGGCACGACGAAGCAGUGGUUCAUCCGUUGUGCACUUUCAUAGGGAAUGGGACAGCCACAGCAGCAGCGGGUCCGAGGACAACAUUAUGAAUUGGAAUUGCAAAAGUAACGUACUAGUAUAAAUUGCAAUACAAAUUGGCUCAGCAUUACAAAUUGAAUCUGUAAUGCGGAUUUGCCUUAGGAACUAGAUUUGUAAUGCAUAAAUGCAAUUAGUACGGGUACGAUACUUUUGCACAGGAUAAACAUGAACGUUCCGACCUACAUGAACGUCGCUUCGGACCACGUCGCAACUACAGGUCCUUUUUAUGAAAUGCAAAAAUAUCUGGGUCUGGAAACUUGUGAUGCUAAAACGUGCAUGAUGAAAACACUACCGAAUGCAGUCCGGCAUGACAACUUCCCAAAACGCUUUCUCGUAGGCAAUCCGCAUGAGAGACUGCGUUUUUGCAUGACAAAAGAGGCUGCGACUUUUGUUGGUUAUGCAAUACAGAAAUUCUAGUUAUGGAAAGCUAGCAUUACAAGUUCCAACCUUCCAGACCCAGACAUUUUUACAAUCCAUACUUUUUCCCCCGCUGCGAUCCUGCGCGACAAAAUCCUCACGCCCCUGCGAGGGGCAGCAGGAAAUUAUGCCUCGAGUCGCCUUUGGUCCUCUUGCCCCCGUGGUGUGGAGCUCGGUCGGUCUUCGUGUUCUCCGACGCGGCUACAGCUGCAGGUGGUGGGGACUACAGUCCUCGCGGUGGUUUUAUUGAUUCUCUUCGGGCUGUUCGCUUCGUUUUCGUACCAUCAACUUGUCGGCAGUAGUGCUUCAUCGCACCAGCAGGAGCUCACCUCCGUCCUCGCGCCCAAGGAGCCACUAGGCGGGCAUCGAGAACAGCUUCUGGCAGGUGGAGCGGCCUCUGCUGCUAGUGAUGCAGCAGCAACUGGUACUAGUGUCACUGAGCCUGCUGAUGUUGGGAAGCAAGAGCCCGCUGCUGGUGAUGACACCAGCACGAGUGGUGGUGGUGACGGUGAGGAGAAGAAGAUCGCCGGGAAUAAAGACGACCCAGUGGUCGUCGGACACGAUGUGGACGAAUCCGUUGCUGAACACCCGCAGGUACGUAUAAAAUAUAACUUCAUCAACUGUCAGUGUGUAACUUUCGCAUGACAAACAAGAACUUGAACUUUUCGCAGAUGUGGUUAUUUGUGAUGCUGGCUAGAAUUAUGCCAAGGCCAACUAAUUCAACCACCACUAUUUGUAUCUCAACUUCCACUGAACGACUCAAUCUGGUCGUUGUGUACAUGGUAUUCAACAAUGAAACAAAAAUCAAAUUCAUAUUCUUAUUCACUACAGAAUUCUGGAGCAGAAGCUGCGACUUCGAAGCAAGGCGGGGAUCACGCAGACGAUGUGGCGGGAAACAAGGAAUCUGGUCGAGAGCCUCCUUCUGCCGGUGCUGACCAGGCUGACCAAUCGAAGAGGAAACUAUCAAUAGCAGAUAAUGUCGUGUCUGGGUCUGGAAAAGUACUGGUGGAACUUGUCAUGCGCGCUGGCAUAGUUUUGGGAAAAUGUGUAUUGCAUGAGGACCGACUACACAAUAACCGCGGCUGCUUUUCUUGUUCCUUUCCUUAUUUGUGAUGUUCAUGCUGCAGACAACAUACCGUAAUACGAGAGAAGUGAUUUGAAAACUUUUCAUGCUGGGCCUGGGCUGUACUCAAUUUACAACUUCCCAUGAUCAACACAUGUUUCCAGGAGACCCAUAACACUACAAAUUCGCAUUGCAUAACGAGAGCCAUCUGCCGGUGCUGACCCUGACCCGUCGCCCCCGCACGAAGAAUCUGGAGAAACGGAGAAGGCCGAGGAUGCCGCGCAGCACGUGGAAAAAGGCGAGGAUUCAUCCGUGCAGCACGAGCAAAAAGCCGGGGAAGCCGCGCAGCACGGAGAAUCAGCUGGCGGUCGUGUGCAGCCCCAGCCGCCGCCUUCAGCCUCGGGGCACAUGAACAAAAUGAAAAUCGACGAUCCCGCGAUAUCGUCGACCACGACCCACGGCAACAACGAACAAACUGCUGCUACUGCUGCUGCUGCUGCUACUGAGGGCAACGAGGGUAAAAAGCCGGUAGUUGAAGAUGUCGUGUCAGGGCAAAGUGGUGGCAACUACCAUGCCGCGCAACAAGACAGUCCUGUUCCUGUUGCUGACCGCCACUUACACCCCGAUGUUCUUCCGGGAGAAAACAAUGUUGGAGGGGAUGAUGACCCUUUUGCCUGGAUCCAGGACGACGAGGCCGCCUCGUCGCCUGGAUCUAAGACCCAGAGCACAGCGGGGCAACAAACCACGGAAAAGGCUGCAACCGGUCGUGGUGGGUCGCGGUCAGGGGACCGCCGGAGGGGUAAGCAGGAGGAGGAGAAACCGCCGUUGGUGCUUCCGGAGAUGAAGGAGGGUGUUCCAGAUGAAGGAGCAGAAGGUGCUCUCAGUGGGGAAGAAGUAUGGAAGCAAAUAGACGUCGUUGUCCUCGAGGCGCAAACUUUGUCACUAGGGAGGUCCUCGUGUAGCACAGAGGCUAAAACUAUCAACCGGUCGGGCUUUUUGUUUUUUCUGCAUUUCAAAUGACAAAAUGUAAAUGAUAAUAACUCCUAGUCCUAGGUAGCUGCCGCUGCCUUUCCCUUUUCUUAGUUAUGGUUUUUGAACUUGACGCGCGCUUUUUGGGAGGUGGUGCUAUCAUUUUUCCAGUUGUCACCCCACCCGUUGCCAUUCACCCACCGCCAUAAGCAGCCCAUGUUACAUUAGCGUCAAGAGGCCUGCUUCCGCUUGAGAGACGCGGGUUUUUCUUGCGGCAGGAUAUGCUUGCUCUCAGUCUCGUGAAACUGCUCCAUCACGAAAUAUAACCGUAGUUCCUCGACCACAGAAAGGGCACCUGAGUGCGGCUAUUAAGAAGUCGCACAGGCAAACUAUCUUCUGCUCUUCAUGAUGAUGAUUGUGAUGAUGAUGAAGGAGGGGCGAAAAACUAGUGCUUGCUUUUUAUCGUCACCUGACCACCUCCGUAGAAAUACACUUUACUUAUUUGUGAUUGUAUGAAAUGCGCAUGACAAAUUGGCCUUGAGGACCACGGCCACGGUUUUUCCAGCGAUACGCUGCUGGAGAUGAAGAAAAAACAGCGAUCCCACAGGUCCCCGACUUUACGAAUGGGUCCGAUGAGGCGGGGAGCAAGGUGUGGCCCGGGCUAACAAUUGACAGAUCAUGAUGGACGUGCUACAAGUAUAAGCGUAUAAUGAAGUAGUUUGUUUUGUUUUUGUGGUAGAAAAAGAAAAUACUAGCAUCUUGUUCGUACGGCCUUGACCCCUAGUACGCAGCUUUUUGAUCUUGAUUUGAUUGAACUCGCACCUUCAACAGAUAGUUAAGGAUGCGCGCAAAGGGUAAUAUAAUCUUGAUUUGUGUAACAGCAUGAGCAUGAUCAUGAUCUGUGAGUGAGAAGCUCCUCCCGAUCGAUAAUUAUGGGGACACGGCCACACCUCCCACAGAUUUUCAUUUCUAUGAGCUCAAAGUUGCAAGCAAUCGUCGGCAACAAAUAUGCAUUGCAAAUAUGUCUGCGUCUGGGUCUGGAAAUUGUGCAUUGCAAUUAUGUCAUGCUAAACUGUGCAUGAUGAGAACGCUCCGAAUGCAGCCAAGCUUGGCAGAUUUGCAGAACGGUCUCUCAUACGCGGUCUGCAUGAAAAAUAGAAACUGCGUUUUGUAUGACGGAACAGGCCGCGUCUUUUCAUCGACGUUUGUCAUGCAAUACAGAUUUUGCAAUUGCAGGAAUGGAAUGCAAGGCUAGCAUCAGAAGGCCCAACUUUAUUCCAGACCCAGAUAUAUUUUGCAUUUGAUAUAACUAUCGCCGGCACGGGGAUUCCGCCGCCCCCGCCGCCACCUUACCGUCCUCCCGACAACCAGUUAACUCGUCAGAUCCAAGAAAUGCAAACUGAGUUUGCAACACGGGUAGUAGAACGCAUUCGUACCACCCUUAAAGAGGACGAGGAAAAGCAGCCGAACAUUCUCCGGGACAACCUUUGGCGCCGCUUCGAGAAAAAAAUGUUGAGUGAGAAGAUGAUUGGCAUGGCAGAAGAACAACGAGCUGACCAGGCGGGUAGUGAGAAAGGAAUGAAAUAUAUGGUGCGCCAAUUCUUGCCACGAAAUGCCGGCGCUGAUCAAGGUGACAGCGUUGGUAAAGCGCAGGAAGCUACCAUUGGGAAGAUAAUUCACCGUAGUGAAACAGCUGUUUUCAGAGAGUGGACCACCUCCUCUGGAGGUAGCGAGUCACAUGAAAAGAAACUGGUGAUAAAAAUCUUCGCAACAUCAACUCGUUCGAUGGUUCUUGCGGAAAGAUUUGAUUAUGUUUCCCGAGCUGCGGAGGAGAUUGCGCAUCACAUGCUGGCCUCGCAUUGGACAACUGAGGAGGUGCAAAAGGAUCGGGUCAAGAAGUUGUGUACGCCGUCAAUUCACCGUAUUAUUAUUUUCGCGGACAACGUGAACAGACCGCAUAUCGGUUUGGUAAUGGACGGAAUUGCAGGCAACGGGGAAGAUUUUCUGAAUUGGCAAUUUCGGAACGCAGUCGCAGAUAAAGAAGCAGAAGCUAAAUCUGAAAAAGCUGUUGGUGGAUGGCCUUCUGCAACGGCAAGCGCAGGAAUUCAUGGGCUUCCCCUAAAAGCUUUAUCCCACUUAGCGAAUUGCAUGGGGGUACUGCACGAAAAGCAGCUGGCGCACGCUGAUUUGAGGCUGAAGCACAUUGGCUUCCUGAAUAUCGCUGAUGCGUCCCAAGGCGCGUUCGUCUUGCUAGAUUGGGGCGAUGCGCAGGUGGUUGGCGCGGACGGUCUAUUUACCUAUCAAGACCGUGCAUACGACGAUGCGGAGGUUACUUGGGGGCCGGAGGAAACAGGGGUUUUUCAGCGACAGGGAGAACGCGGCACAGUUGUGGUCUACGCGCCUGCAAUUCAAUUCUACUAUGAGGAAAAGACGAGUUCAGAGGCAAGUGGUCCGCAACUACGAAAGCGCUGGACAGUCAAUCUACCACGCCGCGAUAUCUUCGCGCUCGGAUAUAUGGCGGUGGAGUCUUUCGCAGCACAGCCACGAUUGGAGGGCGCAGCAGCUUUGCACAAUUCAGCUACGAGAAGCGCAAAAGACAAGCACGAAUCCCUGUCGGUCAUGCGAACCGAUGACCACUGCACCGACUGGGACUGCCGCGGGUCCGUUAAGCAGGAGGACUCGCGCCUGGUCCUGGCUGAUGCAGACACCCUGUCAUUCGGCUACCUCUGGGGGACGCGUGCUAUGAAAUACACGGAAGCGGAACAUCAUCACACCAGCACGAGCAAUGCUGGCACAGUUACUAUUAGCACGGCACGAACAGAUCCAGAAAGAAAACCAAGAAGCAACGCAAACGCUGUCCGAGUGUACAGCGGAAACGUUGACAAAUGUCGCACGCCAAAUUUCUAUUUCGCCUCCCUUGACAACUUCGGUUGCGGGGCCGAUAUUCGGCUCUGCGACGCAAUGGCGCCGCAACUUGGGGGAAACAAGUUCGCUGCCAGCCUAGCCUCGCAAGCCAUUUUGGAUGCUAUGGCCCACCGGCCUGAGAAUCGCCCUAGCAUGAAGGAGGUGCACGGUGUCUUGGACGUGGUUUUAUCCGGUGUUUCGAGCCGCCGCAGCCCCGAGUGGGCGCAGCAGGCACCUUGCCAGUGCCGGUCCUCUACGAGCUGGAAUACGCUUCGCGGCGCGAAGGCGCAAUUUCUAGUGUGGAAUCCGGAGAGAGGACCUGAAGAUGUAGAUUCAACACCACUACACGCUGCCGCGCGUUCUCUUCAAACCGAAAUGUUGGCAUUAGCAAAAGAACGCGCAUUUCCCGCACCCGUCAUUCACAUCGUUAGUGGCGAUCCCCACGAAACAACCAGCCCGACAAAGAUGCGGCUGCCGAUUCACGUUUUGCCUAAGGGCUUUCAUGCGGGUGGGCUUGACAAAGAAACUAACCUCGCAGCUGUUCAGGGCACAGAGGGGUCAGCUGGGCAUGAUGUAUAUCCGUACAACGACGGCACUGACGGCGACAAAGUGCUCAAGGUCUUCAGAAACGUCGAGAAGCAGACGAGGCUUGGUUAUUCGGCAGCGGCAGUCGAAAUCGCGCAUCAUGUGUUGGCGUACUAUUUGACCAAUGAAGAAGAAAACGAGGCCCGGCCCGGGUCGCAAUGCACGCCGAAACCACACAGGGUCGUCAUUUUUUUCGAAGAUGUUGCGGUGAGUGGCAAGGUACUACCAAAAACAGCACAACGCCAUAACGAAUUCUCAAAGGCCUUGCGUCACCCUUCGCCCUGUUCAUACCAAAGGGGCCAAAGGCUCGCUGAAGAGUACGGAAAAAUAGGCAAAGCACAGAUCUCUGUAUUGUAUAUGGUUUUUAAUUUUGCAAGAACAUGAUCAACAUGACCCCGAUCAGGCUCAGGCCGGCUGCCGGCCUUGGUAGGCAGGUUUGUCACCCAGAUGCACUUGCUGCUACGUCGUAGUGCCUGACACAAGCAGCCGGGUCGCAACCGCAAAUCGGACGGUUUAAUAGGGUGAAGGCGAGGCGUGCGCGCGCGGCUGCCACCACAGCAGGUGCUGCUUUUUAGAAUUGCAUACUAUCAUCUUCACAAGAGCAAGCAGAUAUCUGUCGGGCUUGUAAUGGAACGGGUGGAAGGCGAUGGUGAAGCUUUCCUGACGAGCCAAAAUCGCCCCAAAGAAGAACAGGGGCUCCCGAUAAAGGCGCUCUCGAAGCUCACAGAGUGCUUGUGGAGAGUUCACAGCCGCUCUUUGGCGCACGGGGAUCUGCAGUUGCGAAGCAUCGGGUUCUUGAAGAUUGAGGACCCAAGCUCUGCUGUCCUGCUAGACUGGGGGUCGGCCGAGAAGCUGGGGCACACACGGUUGUCUGAGCACAACGAAGAGCCACUGUGGCAUUCUGGGCUAACGUGGGGGCCCGAAGAAUCGGGCUUCUAUGAUGGCAACGACGAGGACGCGACGGCCCUGGAAACAUCAAGACUCUGGUGGGCGCCGGGAGUCACGGUUGCCGAGAAGACUUUUACGUCCUCGCAGGCCCAAGCCGCGGCCUCUCCCUGGACGAAGUCCUGGGUUUCGGAUUUGCUGACUCGAGAUGUUUUCAGCUUCGGAUUCCUGGUCCUGAAUUCCAUCGUAGCAGACAAACGCGACGCGAAGCUGGACGUCAAUCACGCUAGGAGGAUGUUCAAGUACCACAGAGUCUUUUGCAGUUCGAUCAAAAGCGACACUCACAAGUCGUGUGCCUAUCCUCUCGGCUACUUCUGGGACAAGUCUUUAGUGGCUCCCGAGGUCCGAAAGGCAUGGAACGGGUUUUACGGAAAGUACCCGGCUUCGAACCACCAAGGAGCAAGGGAAGCCGACUCGGCGAGCCCCCCUCUAAUUCUAACUACCAAUCACAAAAAGUCAGAAUUUACGAUAAGAAACGCGGCGGACCGCGCUCCGAUGUCCAAGUGCCUAGCCAGCCCGACAUUCAUGACAGCAAGCUAUAACCACAACCAUAGUUUGUUUUCAUUCAGCAGCAGCAGCAGCAGCCCCGCCCAUGAGUCCGGGGAGGCGAGCCCGUGGACGAUAAAGGGCGAGCUCUGCAUUUGCGAAGAAUUUGCGAAAAUGUUGGGCGACGACAACUUCGCCGCCAGCCUGGCCACGAGAGCCAUUUUUGAUGCCAUGGGCUCGCUGACGUACCGGCCUUCGAUGCAACGGCUGGGUGUGGUAUUCGCGGAGCUCAGCAAGUUCAGCAAACAGGAGGGCGACAUAUUGAAAAGGAAGACCGUGCCCCGUCGUGCCGCCCCUCUGUGUGAGUGCGUCUUUUCCGGGGACCUGAAUCCCAAUGACGGCUACCCCGGCCUCGAGCCACGCCGGAAGACGGGGUUCAUGAGGUCUUCAGCCAGCACCCCGGCCGCAUCGCUCCCCGAGCUCCUGAAGUCGUUUCAGGCAUAUAUGGUGGCUGGAGACCGAAAUGCCGCCGCGAAAGAAUUAUUCAACGUCGACCUAUCAGAUUCGCACGACCGCGGUGCCGGCAAAGCGAAUGAACUUGUCGAGAUGGGAGCAGAUAUCCUGAAGAAGCUCACAGCGAUGGCGUUGCAGAUUCUGCAAUUGGAAGAAGAGCCAAUCGCCCUAAAUCUUUUUCCUGAGGUGCCUGAUUCAAACGGGAGCGAAGAUGGUGAUGGCAAACAAACAGAAGAUGAAGACGCGUCACUUUCAGAUGAAGGUGAAGAGGAUGUUAAAGGUGCUUCGACAGUCUUGUCAGAUGAAGAAACAAGUUCUGAUGAAGGACAAGUGGGACGGCGAAACCCUUUCUGCUGAAAAGACGUCGAUGUAUAUCUACAACGGGAACGGCCCCAUAGUCAUAGACUCGAACAGGCUCAUUCGGCCAUUUGGUGGAGAUGAAUUCAAGUAAAAGAAGUCACCAGACAGGUAUCAACUGAGAUGAGCAGCUGGACCACUAGAAAACAGACGUUGACUUCUAGUUGAAAAGAAUCGGUCCCGCUUGAUGUUCCGGCUUUUUCUUUCUUUGACUUUGUCUGAGCAGUCGGUGUCGGAUUUAUUAAGUUUACCUUCUCGAUCUCGUAGGAUAACGUAGCGGAAUAGAACAACUUGAAGUUCGCGCUGCAGAAUGUCGUAGAUGUUGUCUCAAUGAUAUGAUAGAAACGUGGAAGUAGCGCACGACAGCCGCAAGACAAACUUUCUUUCUCUCAAAAAACAAGCACGCUUGUAAAUUUCAUAUCUCGUUCAAACAGCAUCUUGUUUUUUUCUCUCAGCACCUUACUUCUUUUCCGUGAAAACAAACCUUUUAUUUAUUGCUUACUAGUACAGUCAGCCUACUUCACAUUUUUUUCCUCUCUUCCUCGAGCACCAGCGCGCUUUGUCGUGGUGCUAUCGGUUUACUGUUGUUCUUCUUUUAUUUCUGUAUGGUGGAUGUGAAGACUUUAUAUAUUUGCUCUUUAUUUUGUACGUCCGUCGCCCCCAUCGUGAAGACGAAG